GUUCAUCGUUUCAGCCUUCUGAGUUCAGUGGAUCAUUGUCCCAUCACUCUUAGAAAUUGUCAUCAAUUCCUGGAUUUUCAAUCCCCAUUUAUUCGACAAGUAUAAGAAGUUUGUUUUUGUGUAGAGCUGCUUCCUUUUUCCAUCGCUUUCACUGCUCAUAGUCGUUGCGUAGACGUUUUGUCAGUUUACGUUUAAGUUACCUUCUUUCCUAAUCAUGUUUCAAGCUUAAUGGUUUGAGUUUUGGACAUUUUAUCAAUUCGGUACGCACCACUGAAAUCCAGUAAUUUUUCUUAACCUAUUGAUUAAAGCCACUCGUAAAUAUCAUCGCUCUUUUCACAAGUGUCUCAAUGUUAUGCCAAUCCAUAUCACUUUAGUGAUUGACUAAUUGCUCUAGUUCGUGAAACGUACUCUUGGUAUUUUGUUGUUAAGUUGAACUUCAAGGGGUCUUCUUAGUAUAGCUUCUAUGUGUCCACUAAAAUGUUAUAUCUACUCCAGCAAGGUUAUCAGAAGUCAUGGUCAAGUCUCUAAAUAAACAAAGGGAAAAUUCCACAGGUUCUCUGCUUCAGCUACGUAAGUUCAAGUCGAUGACCACACUUGAAUCCUGUGUUUCGGAGACAUGGCGUACAUUGAUGGCACAGGUUCUGGAGUUCUAACUAAGUAAAUCUUUUGGCUUAUUUGACAUAGGGUUCGAUAUUGAAAGCUUUGGUCAUGAUCAAGGGAUCUCGGGUGCUGUUAAAGGCGUGGUGGAAGUUAUCACUUUUCAGUCCCUCACACUGUGGUGUGGUAGGAUAUUUCUUCUUGGGGGACCUAAAGAAGAAAUAGGCUUAAAGGUGAUCUUAAAGACCUGAAACUGUGACCACAGAGGCCAACGGAAAACUUCUUAAGGUUAUUAACUUAUAGCCUUUACAUGUGAAGCUUUCGAUGUGUCAGCUUUAUAUUUCGAAAGACUUUAUCGCUGGAGACUGAAAUUCGUGUGGAUAAUAUGUGGUGUAGCAUUUUUAAGGUCAAUCUUUUCUGACCUUUCUUUCGUUGUUAGAAGGCAGCUUCACAGCAGAUGCUAGAUGUGGGAGGGAAAUACUCGCUGUCAUAUCCUUGUACAGUUAGCAGUACGACUUCGCCCUCGGACUUUAAGUUGCUGCUUUUUGUCCUACUGUUCUUCAGCCGACCCUCCCUGCGUGAUAAGACAUAGAGGAACAUGUGUUCCACUCAAUAUAAUCCAGUUGAGUCGUCACAGUAGGCAAGCCCAGCCACCACGUCAAGGUGACAGAUACGAUCGAGUGAUUUGUGAAUGGUUUUAGGCCAGUAUCGAGUUUUGUAGGGAGAUGGUUUUUAGUAGUCUUUAAGGUGGUCUUCAAUUUCAAGUUCAUUAAGUUAAUUAAUGGUUUAUAUCUUCUUCAUUAUUUUAAGGUAUUCUUGAGUGACGCAAAUGUUCCUGGUGAGGGUGAACAUAAAAUCAUGGAUUUUAUCAGACGACAGAGAAAUAAUCCAACUCAUGACGCCAAUACGAAACAUUGUUUAUGUGGCGCUGACGCUGACCUUAUAAUGCUUGGAUUAGCCACACAUGAACCAUAUUUUACUAUUAUUCGUGAGGAAUUUAAACCAAACCAACCAAAACCUUGUGACUUGUGCGGCCAGAUGGGUCAUGAGAUGGAGGACUGCGUAGGUGCUCCAAAAGAAGAAGAUCCAAACGAAGGUCCUCCUCCACUACCUUCAGGAGAUGUGGAUUUCAUCUUUAUUCGCUUGAAUGUUCUAAGACAAUAUCUAGCAGAAGAUCUGAAGUUGGCCGGCAUUACAUUUGAAUGGGAUCUCGAACGAGUCAUUGACGAUUGGGUUUUUAUGUGCUUUUUCGUUGGAAAUGACUUCCUCCCUCAUCUUCCGAGUUUGGAAAUCCGUGAAGGAGCCAUUGAUCGUUUGAUUGAAAUCUAUAAGUCAACAGUCCAGAAAACGGGAGGGUGGCUGACUGAUAGUGGACGAGUCAAUUUAGAGCGUGUCCAACUCAUUAUGGUUGAUUUGGGGAAGAUGGAGGAUGAGAUCUUCAAAAAUCGUCGUGAAUCAGAACUACAGUUUCGUAAUAGAAAGCGUCAACAUUCAUCUGGCAAUGGUUAUGAUAAAAACCAACGCGGGUUCGCUCCACAGCGAUUGGGUCACCGCCCAUCAUUCGAAGUGUCUCAGUCUGGUUUUAUGGAACCUAUUCCCCUAAGAGGACGUCACGGAAUAGCACACCCCAAAGGUCACUAUACAAAUCAAGUUGUUUCUGCUGAUGAGUUAUUAGCUGCACGACGUUAUCAGGGUAGAUGUCAAGAAAGUGUUAAUUGGGUGGAUAGAAAUCUAAAUAACCUCGAGGCAGCAACAGCACUGAAAGCUAUGCUGAAACGCGAUAAACCUAUUGAAAACGGAAUCUCAAAUAAUAUGAAUAAUCCCACUAUUCUUCCGAAAAUACCUCGAAUUAUUUCUGAUAACAACACAAGUCUACAAGGUGUUUCAUCUGGUCGCAACAACAGAUCAGGUAAUCAUCACGACGAUGAGGAUGAGAUGAUGGAUGCUGCAGAUGAAGUACGGUUUUGGGAAGAUGGAUGGAGAUCACGAUAUUAUCGAUCUAAAUUUGGAGUUGACCCGACAGAUGCACCUGGGUUCUGUAUCAAAGUUGGUCAGGAAUAUGCCCUUGGUUUAUGCUGGGUCUUAGCCUAUUAUUACCAAGGUUGUGCUUCAUGGGAUUGGUAUUUCCCGUAUCAUUAUGCUCCAUUUGCCAGUGACUUCUCCAAAAUCGCAGAACUCGAUGUUGACUUUUCGAAAAAAGAAACAAAACCGUUUAGACCACUGGAGCAACUUAUGAGCGUGUUCCCGGCCGACUCUCGUAGUCACGUCCCUCCAGCGUGGCAGGACUUAAUGACCGAUCCCGAUUCUCCUAUAAUUGAUUUUUACCCAACAGACUUCAAAGUAGACUUGAAUGGCAAACGAUAUCUGUGGAUGGGUGUAGCUUUGUUACCAUUUGUUGAUGAGGUUCGUUUGCUGAAAGCUUUGGAUGCCCGAAGAAAUCUUUUAACAAAAGAAGAGAUUGAGAGAAAUGUUCGUGGUUCAGACCAGUUGUUUUGUAGAGCUGAUCAUUCUGCUGGUCCAUUGUUGCAUUCUCUAUACAAAGUAUCACAUGAAAAGAUUGAGAAAGAUAAUUCGGAAGAACAAAUCAUACCAACUUGGGCAUCUGCAAUUGAUCCACGUGUUACGUUUGGAAUUAGUGGUCUAAUCUGGCCUAACAAAAUGGCUUACUUGCCUGGGAGUCGUGUACCUAGUGCAGUCCCAGGUCACGUUCCUGAUUUAAAGGUUUCUGAAGCUGUAUCGAUAUGUUUUUCAGAUCCUCAAUAUCCAAAGGGCUUCGUCUUUCCUUCCAAGUUACUUGAAUCCGUUAAAAUGCCACCCCCAGUGUACCUUCAACCUCCUCAGCGUGGUAGAGGAAGAGGACGAGCAAGUUUUCGCACCGAUGAACAUCGUGGACGUUUUAAUGCCAAUGCAGCUAUGCAGUACUAUGCUCGAGACAAUUCGUCAGAUAGGGAGGAUACUGGUAGAGAUUUUUAUCCAAACUCACCGAUGAACAGGAUGGUUAUGAAUUCAUUACCACGAUAUCAGCGCAGUCGAGGUAGCCACUUACAGUAUUCAUCUAGAUCAGAUUGUGGCAAACUAAGUAACAACAUUCCACCAAAUUGGCGACCUGGGUCUUUUAAUCGUUUUCCUCCUCAAAAUGAUGCUUAUCAUCGAGGUGGACCUGCCUAUCGUCAAUCUAGUAGUCAUCCAUACGCUAAUCCGUAUUCUGUCCAUCCUCCAAACUUCAGUACAGGCCUUUCCAAUUCAGUCGUUAAGAAUAGCCGCCCACCAUGGUUGCCUCCAAAUGGUAGGGGUUGAUCAAAAUAUCAAAGCUUUUACUACUUAUUUCCAUAUUCAUACUACUUUCUUCCUGCAUUUUUAUAUUUUAUUAUUAUAACACACUAUUAGUUGUAUAUGAUGUAGAAAUUAUUUUGCGCCUGUACAACACAAGUAAUAAAUAUUUACUCCUUUCUCCACCCCUUCUAUUUACAUUAACAUGUAUACUAGUAACUGUAUUCUGGCACAAUUAAAUGGCAAUUUGUAUAGUGAAUAUCACUGAUCAUUUGUCUAUUUCUAUUUAACAACUGAGUUGUGUAGUGACACUAAAUUGUGAAAGACUAAUAUAAUUUUUUCGAAAUUUCAGCUGUUAAUAUAAACAAUUGAUAUUCUGUUCCAAAGAUUUUUAUUAAUUUCCUC